AUCUAGCUCAGGCUUGUGUUAGUUUCCCCUAGGGGACCAAAAUUCAAAAAGUAGUGCGUAGGUUAAAAUUGUUUUUAUUUUGACGCGUCGAAAUUAAGUUAAAAUCCAACAAUAUCGAUACUAGAUCGAGCAUCGAAAAAACAAGACGUAGACUUAAGAUCUAACGAUCGUAACAACGCAAUUACGCAUGAUUACGCAGACGUGCUGUCCUUUUCUCGCAGCACGGGAUUGGUCACAACGUUCCAACCUAAACUUGCUUUGAAUUUCACUUGGCUUGUCUCCGCAUUCGUAAACUCAGGAUUCAAAAAGAACACUGGUGAUUGGAAAAGAUUCAAAUUUUAUUAACAAAAACAUAAUUAUGGAUGAAUGCACUGGUUCAACUGUUCCAAAAGAAACAGACGAAAAUAAUAGUAAUGCUCAAGCAAAUCGAAUUAAUGCUAUGAUUAAAGAGCUCGCAGAGUUGAGAGUCAACUACCAUAAAGCUAGGAAGACUCGAAAUUACUGCUGGGCACAGGAAUCCACUUUGUCAGUAAAUAUUGCUUUGACGAAAAUGAAGUGUGAGAAUUUACGGAAAAGAGAAACUGAUCUCAAAGUUUUGACUUCCGAGAUCAUAAAACAAGAAGAAAUAAUACAACAGGACUUGAAAAAUUUAAUGUCACAAAGAAUGUUACGCACUUUGAAGAAACGCACAUUGAAAGAGAAUAUCACGACAAAUUUAUAAACGCACGGAAAGAAUA